AUGGGAAAUAUAUCCUCAUCGCACACUGGAAUUCGUCGCAACAAGAAAAAAUACGUUCAAGCGUUAACGUCAACUAACGCUAAUCUACUAAAUACUUCUCAAGAUAACAACAAUAAUUUUUCUUUAUCAAACACGCGACAACAUCUUUCUCGUUCACUACUUGUUCGAUCUUUUGUUCAUAAUGAACAUCCACAACGUCCAAUUCAAAAAGAACACAAAUCACACACUUCAACUGAAGCUCAACACUAUUUAUCACAAUCAUUAGAACAAAUCAAGCAAAUGCAUGUGCCACAUUAUUUGAAUCAGUUUAUAUGGCAAAGUAAUUUUUCUUCUCCUGUUUAUGAAAAUUUGGUGGCAGGUGCAAGAUGUCUUGACGCUGGGUGUUCAAUAGGCGAAUGGGUACUUGACAUGGCGAGUCAAUACCCAAGGUCAGAAUUCAUCGGAUGUGAUGUUUCGACCAUUUAUCCGGCAGUUCAUGAAAUAAGAUCACGGAAUGCAAUGUUCGUACAAGCCAAUAUUCUCGAUGGUCUACCGUUCGAGGAUAAUUCAUUUGAGUUUGUAAGAAUGAGCCUAUUUUUCACCACUUUAACCGAAAUAGAAUGGUUAAAAGUUAUCGAAGAGUUAACAAGAAUUUUACGUCCUGAACCAGAUUUUGAUUUAUACGAUAUGGGACCAAAGUCAAAAGACUUAGUUAAUGCAUUACUAACUCUUUAUUCAAUGCGCGGCAUAAAUCCAAGAAUUACACAAAAAUUCGAAUUAAUUCUCGCCGCAGCAUCCGGACUCACCGACACACACCAUGAAAUACGAAACAUAGCGGUCGAUCCAUCAGACGGAAAAUCAAAAUUUCUACAGAAAGAAAUGCUGUCUUUAUACUUCGAAUCUAUCAAUACCUCAGAGAUAAUGGAGUACUUGGGCAUGAACGAGGAAGAAUAUCAAGAAUUAUGGGAGGAAUGUGAGCGAGAGUUUAUUGCAAAUCAAACUUAUUAUAAAUUGUACCGAAUUUGGACACAAAAGUAUUGUUAA